AAAUUUAAAAUCAGUUUGAUAUAGCUCUUCAUUAGAUUGAGGCGGCUUAUCUAUUUUCACCUUAUUUUAUAUUUUUUAAAAAUAAAAAUUUUUUUUUACUAUAAUUCAUAAAAAAAUCUAGUCAUGUUUAAAUUAAUUUUAAUAUCGGUAUUAUUGAUUAGUUCAUCAUAUAUUAAUGCUGAUGAAUUAUCAAAGGAUGCAGUACGUACAAAAGCAGCUAAAGAUAUUACCGAUUAUUUGGAUAAAUCAGUAAAUCCAUGUGAUAAUUUCUUUAAAUUUGCUUGUGGAAAUUGGAAAAAUUUUAAUAAUCCACCAAAAGGUCAAUUAGAUGCAACUGGUUUUUCAAAAUUAAAUCAUAAUAUUCAAACCGAAUUGAAAGAAAUGUUAGAACAAAAUGAUGCCAUCUAUAAUGCAGAUGUUGAAUUAAAAGUAAAACAAUUUUAUAAAUCAUGUUUAAAUACUGAUGUCAUUAAAUCAAAAGGUUUUGAACCAAUUAAAAAAUUUGUUCAAACAUUAGGUGAUUUUCCAAUUAUUAAUAAAGAAUGGGAUGAAACAAAAUUCGAUUAUGUUGAUGUUGAAGAAAAAUUAAAAUCAUAUGGAUUUGAUGGUGUUAUUGGUUUAAAAGUACUUAAUGAUAAAGAUAAAUUAUAUAUUGGUGAAAUAAGUUUACCAUUUAACAAGGAAGGAUAUAGUAAUCCACAAGUUAUUGACCAAUAUAUUAAUCGUAUUGUUGAAUUUUUAAAAUUAACAUUUGGUAUUGAAAAUGAAGAAGCCGGUAAAAUUGCAAAUGAAAUUGUUGAAUUUGAAAAGCAAUUAUCAGUAAUUGUAGCUGAUGAAGAAACAAAAGCAGAUCAAAGUAAAUAUUUUGUUCAUACAACUGUUGAAGAAUUAAAUAAAAAAUAUCCAAAAGUACAAUGGGAAAAAUUCUUAACACAAUCAAUUGGUACACCAAUUGAAUUAUCGAAACCAAUUGUUGAAUUUAAUCCAAAUUAUAUUAAAAGUGUAAUGGAAUUAAUUGAGAAAGCAUCGAAAAAAACUGUUGCCAAUUUUAUGAUAUGGCACGGUAUUGGUGAAUUUGUUUCAAUUACAGUUCCACCAUUAGGUGGUGAUAAGGAUGAUAUUUGGAAAUAUUGUAUUGCAAAAACAAAAGAAUUUUAUCCAAAAUCUAUUGCUGUAAUGUAUUCUAAAAAAUAUUAUGAUAAUGAAGUACAAAAAGAUGUUGAAGAAAUUUUCAAUGAUAUUAAAAAAUCUGUUCGAACACAAUUAGAAAAAUUAGAAUGGAUCGAUGAUGUUACAAAAAAAUUAGCUUUUGAACGUUUAGAUGCAGCUAAAAUUGAAAUUGUUGGUUAUCCAAAAGGUGUUGAUGUACCAGUUGCAUCAGAUUUUGGAACAAUUGUCAGUAAUCCAGAUGAAUAUUAUGAAAAUGUAUUAAAUAAAUUAAAAUAUAAUAUUGGAAAAUUCCGUUCAAAAGUUGUUAGUGGUGAAAGUAUUGAAGAUUAUAUUAAAGAUCCAGCAAGUUUAGUUGCACGUUAUGUUGUUGAAGAGAAUACAUUAAAAAUUUCUUUAGGAUUCUUAAAUCCACCAUUUUAUACAAAAACACUACCAAGAAAUAUGAAAUUUGCUCAAUUGGGAGCUAUUUUAGUACAUGAACUUUUACAUGGCUUCGAUGCUUUAGGACAGACAAUACCAGUUAGUAAUGUACCAGCACCAUGGUGGUCACAAGCAUCAACGAAUACAUUUAAUGAAAAAUCAAAAUGUUUCGCUGAACAAUAUACUAAAAAUGGUGGUACUUCAAGUUUAAAUGAUAAUGUCGCUGAUAAUGGUGGCUUAAAAUAUUCAUUUGAAACCUAUAAAAAUUGGGCAGAAUCAAUUAAAGAAAGUAACAAAGACUUGUUUACUGAAGAAACAUUCCCAGGUAUCGAUUACACUAACACACAAUUAUUCUUCUUAACACACGCUCAAACAUGGUGUCAUUACUCAAAAAUGACUGCUGAUUCAAAUGAUUUAUUAUAUCCAUCUGAAUAUAGAAUUAAUUUACCAAUGACCAAUUUAGAUAGCUUUUCUAAAGAAUUCCAAUGCCCUGAAGGUUCACCAAUGAAUCCAAAAGAUAAAUGUGUAUUAUGGUAAGAUUAAGAAAUUUAAAAUUAAAAUGAGGUGAAAAAUACGAAAUUUUUUUUUUUUUUGUAAUUUGAUACGUAAUUUUAAGGCUUUAAUUUGUAAAAAAAAAGGCAAUUGUAAAAUUAUUUGAAUUUUUGUUUUUGUUUAUUUUGUAGACUUUAAAAAAGAAAAAAAAAUUAAAGUUUUUUUAUUAAAAGCAAAA